AACCAGUGAUUCGAAACAAAAGAUUCAUAAAUGUUUCGAAGCCUCAUGAAGCAGUGCUUCGAAAGCGACCAUCACUAGGUGUCAGUAAUGCGUUUCAGUAGGGCGGGAAAAGCUCAUGUGAAGAAGAGAGAGUAACACAAGUUCAUUCAGUUGGUUGUCAGGAGCAGAAUCCGUCAAGUGUUUAUUAAUAAAAAUCAUUUAAUGAAGAUGAGCGAAGGAGGUCAUAAAGCUGGUGUAAGGAUCGGAACUCAUAACGGCACAUUUCACUGUGAUGAAGUGCUGGCGUGUUUCCUUCUGCGACAACUACCAGAAUACAAGGAUGCAGAAAUCAUCCGCAGCAGAGAUUCAUCUGUCCUGGCUGAAUGUGAUGUUGUGGUUGAUGUGGGUGGAGAAUAUGAUCCAAAUCACCAGCGUUAUGAUCAUCAUCAGAGAUCUUUUGUGGACAGUUUCAAUAGCUUGUGUCCAGAGAAGCCAUGGGUGACAAAGUUGAGCUCGGCAGGUUUGAUUUACCUUCAUUUUGGCAAACGUGUCCUUGCUCAUCUGACGCAGCUGAACAAGGAUGACAGACAACUGGAAGUGCUUUAUGAGAAGAUGUAUGAGAACUUUGUGGAGGAAGUGGAUGCAGUGGAUAAUGGGAUUUCCCAGUUUGAUGGAGAAGCAAGGUACGCUGUCACCACCACUCUUAGUGCUCGGGUCGGGCAUCUCAAUCCUCACUGGAACAGCAAAAACCAAGACACGGAGGAGACUUUCCAUCAUGCCAUGGCUCUUGUAGGAGCAGAAUUUCAGGACCGUUUGGAUUACUACAUGAAUGUCUGGCUUCCAGCGAGAGAACUCGUACAGAAAGCUGUUCAGAACAGAUAUCAGGUCGACCCAAGUGGUGAGAUCGUGUUGCUGACUCAGGGUGGAUGUCCAUGGAAAGAACAUCUGUUUGCUUUGGAGAAGGAGUUGAAGGUGGAUGUGCCCAUCAAGUUUGUGCUGUACAGUGAUCAGAAUGGCCACUGGCGAGUCCAGUGUGUCCCUGCUGGACACAAUACCUUUCAGAACAGAUUGAGUCUGUUGGAGGAAUGGCGAGGGAUCCGGGAUGACGCGCUGUCCAAGUUGAGUGGGAUUCCUGACUGCAUCUUCGUCCAUGCGGGCGGCUUCAUUGGAGGAAAUAAGACUCAGGAAGGUGCUCUGGAGAUGGCAAAGAGAACGCUUCAAAUGGCUCCCAAACCUUUAUAGACUGACACAAACCUUUAAUGCCACAUUUACAUCAUUCUCACUGCAUUAAAACUAAACAACUUUA